AUGAGUAACAGGCUUGAAGAGCAAGAGUCAAAAUGGACCUGUGAAUAUUGUACAUAUGAAAAUUGGCCAUCAUCUUUGAAAUGCACAAUGUGCAGAAGUGCCAAGCCUUUAUUAGGAGAGGAUAUCUACCGUCUAAGGGAUCCAAGUCCACAAAGAUCUGGAUCAAAUGUUGCAUCUGGUCCAGUAACUCAUUUAAGUCCUACGGAUUCUUAUAAGUUUAGUCCUCAGAAUUAUAGUCAGAAUGUACCAUCGGGUGGAAAGUGGUCCUGUGCAAUGUGUACCUAUCUUAAUUACCAAAAUACCACACGUUGUGUUCAGUGUGGGAAUAGAAAAUCUAUUGGUUUCAAUCAAUCGAUACACUCUAUAGCUUCAAACUUGCACGAACAUCUAGCGCCGCUUAGGCUAGGCGAUCCACCACCAAAUUCAGGAUCUAAUCCUCCUCCGAUAAACUUACAUCCAGAAAAAUAUUACAAUUUACAAGCUAACUUACAUCCUGAGAAAUGGUCUUGUUUUGUAUGUACUUACGAGAAUUGGCCGAAGGCUACAAAAUGUGUAAUGUGUGGUAAUCCGAAAGAAAAAGACAGAAGAGACAAAAGUACCAAUAAUGUGGGUGUUAUUUUGCCAAGUCCGGAAAGAGAUCACAGUCAGCGCAGUUUGCCUUCUCCACCUCAUGCACCAUAUAUUCAUCAAAAUCAGAGGGACGAGAAUAUGGCUAUAGGACGAAGGUAAUCGCACACUUUUCCUCAGUCUCCUAAUAAUUGUGACUAUGAACGUAGAUUAAAGCAAUUAAGGCGUCACGCUGAUUGGUGCUGGUUGAAUGCAUGUCUUGGUAUUGUGGAAGGUGACAAUGCGCCCGUCGAGGCUUAUUUGACAGGCGGUGGUGAUCCUGCUCGACAGUUGACGCAUUCAGAAGUUUUGCUUUUAAACAGAAGUAGUGCGUUCGACGUUGGGCACACUCUAGUACAUUUAGCAAUUAGGUUUCAAAGAGAAGAUAUUCUAGCAACAUUAUUAUCGCAAAUUGAAGGUUCUGGUUCUGGAGUGAAAAGGGUACCGAGUUACGUUGCGCCAGAUUUGGCUGGUCAGAUACGCAGACACGUCACUAAUAGUAUCCGGCUAUGCAAGGGUUCUUUUCCGUGUUAUUUUGUCACUGAUACAGCUACGUUCGCUUUGCCUGCUGAGGUAGAAGAUUUACCGAGUAUCGUGCAAGAGCAACUGUUGGAGGAGUUAUUAGAUAAAGAAGCUCAACAGCAAUUAGAAGGUGGUUGUGGAGAACCGCCAGCGUUGAAUUGGUCUUUAGAAAUUACUGAGCGUUUAGGAAGUCGUUUACACGCGCUUUGGAAUAGAUCUGCCGGAGAUUGUUUACUAGAUUCCGCAAUGCAAGCUACCUGGGGUGUUUUCGAUCGAGAUAAUGCUUUAAGGAGAGCUCUUGCAGAUUCCUUACAACAAGCUGGUCAAUUUUUUUAUCCUCGAUGGAGAGAGUACGAAGCAUCUCAAGCGUCCAGAAUGUUGGAUUUUACAUUAGAAGAGACACAAUGGCAAGAGGAUUGGGAAAGUUUAUUGGCGACAGCUGCACAGCCAGGAAGCGCCUUGGAACAAUUACAUGUAUUCGCUCUUGCCCAUAUUUUAAGACGACCGAUUAUUGUAUAUGGGGUUAAAUAUGUUAAAAGUUUCCGGGGUGAAGACAUAGGUUACGCAAGAUUCGAGGGUGUUUACCUUCCGCUUUUAUGGGAACCUUCAUUUUGUAUUCGAUCGCCCAUUGCUUUGGGUUAUACCCGUGGUCAUUUCACAGCUUUAGUACCUAUUGAACCAUACGCGUCAUCUAGAAUACCACCUCUCUCAUCUCACGGUGGUGUAGGUUUAGGUGGUGGCAACAGUCCGCUUCAGCAAUUGCAAAUACAAAUGCAGACCACGUUUAUGCCGUUGAUGGACCGUGAACACAAACUGCUACCAAUACAUUUCCUGAGUCCGGAGGAAAUAGGCCGGGAAGAGUCUAUCUUAAAGGAAUGGCUCGACGUGUGUAGGACCGAGAGUGGUGUACUUGUUGCGCAACAAAAACUUCACAAGAGACCUUUACUUGUAGCACAAAUGUUGGAGGAAUGGUUGAAUCAUUAUCGAAGACUGGCUCAAACGAACAAUGCACCUUUCCUGAGACCACCCGUUCUGCAAGAUUAUAGUAGCGACGGUGACACGGAAGACGAAUAACUAGGUGUAAUCGGUUAAGUUAACUAAAUUCACACGAGAAGACUUUUCUCCAUAAUUUCGUUGGGGCUGCAAUCACAACGCAAGAUCUCUUAGAUCCGUAGUUUCCAGAACACAGCGGGAAAAAAAAAGAAAGAAAGAAAAACUGUACAGACGUUUACGAUACACUCGUAUAUUAAUCGGCGAUGUAUUAAUUCUGCAUAAUUUUUAUACAUUACUAUUGGUCAAUGAACCGCUGAUCACCCGAAUUCUUAUUGAUUCGUACUAUUAAUUAUAUCGGAUGUUUACGA